UUCUGUUUCCAUUUCUGUUUUGUCUUUGACGAUUGCAGAAAGAAGUCAAGUUGCGAUGAGAGUGCGUGGAAAUUUUGCCUGAAUUUGUUUAGAAAUUACCUUCAUUAUUAAAAAUAUCAUAGGACAUUAUUUCCUUGGUGAAGUGCAAUAAAAAGGCGGCAAGAUUGCGUCCAAAAUGCAAGGCGUUAGUGCUCCGCGGGAGCCUACGCAACCCGUGAUGAGCACCAGCUCCACGAUCCUAAAUAUGAGAGAAAAGGAGAAAUACAUCGAAGAUUUCGACUUUCCCUUCUGUGACGAGUCUUCAAAGUACGAAAAGGUCGCUAAAAUCGGCCAAGGAACAUUCGGAGAGGUCUUUAAAGCUCGCGCAAGGAAUAGCAACAAAAAGUUCGUUGCUAUGAAAAAAGUCCUAAUGGACAAUGAAAAAGAAGGUUUUCCAAUCACAGCCUUGAGAGAAAUCAAGAUCCUUCAGCUUCUUAAACACGAAAACGUAGUAAACUUGAUAGAAAUAUGCCGUACGAAGGCGACGUUGCAUAAUAAGUACCGAUCAACAUUUUACUUAGUUUUUGACUUCUGCGAGCACGAUUUGGCUGGCUUACUGUCAAAUGUCAACGUGAAAUUCAGUUUGGGUGAGAUUAAAAAGGUCAUGCAACAGUUACUGAAUGGUUUAUACUACAUUCAUAGUAACAAAAUUUUGCACCGUGACAUGAAGGCAGCCAAUGUAUUGAUCACUAAGAAUGGCAUACUAAAACUUGCUGACUUCGGUCUGGCUAGAGCAUUCAGCCUGGCGAAGUCCGGACAAGUGAAUAAAUACACAAAUAGAGUAGUUACUCUAUGGUACAGACCUCCUGAACUACUAUUGGGUGAUCGUAACUACGGUCCGCCGGUCGACAUGUGGGGCGCAGGAUGUAUCAUGGCAGAAAUGUGGACCCGGUCCCCAAUCAUGCAAGGCCCAACAGAACAGCAACAGUUAAUACUGAUUUCCCAGCUCUGCGGUUCUUGCACCCCGGAUGUAUGGCCUGGAGUUGAGAAUCUAGAUCUUUAUAAUAAAAUGGAACUUCCUAAAGGUCAGAAAAGAAAGGUUAAGGAACGCUUGAAGCCAUAUGUUAAGGAUCCGUAUGGUUGUGAUUUGCUGGAUAAACUUCUACAGUUGGAUCCUGCAAAGAGGUACGAUGCGGACACAGCCUUAAACCAUGACUUCUUCUGGACGGACCCCAUGCCCUGUGACCUCGCUAACAUGUUAGCUCAACAUACGCAGAGCAUGUUUGAGUACCUCGCUCCACCCCGCAGGCCUGGUCACCUUCGUCACCACCAUCAUGUUGCUGGGGCUCAAGCGAAGCCUACGCAGCCUGUACAGGACUCUGGAUAUCAGGACCGUGUGUUCUGAUGUGUUAUUGAGUUGUGAGUGUCUUUUUGUUAGGUCUUUAUCUGUGAAAUUAGCAUUUUUUUCAUAUUCAUAUUCAUUUAAUCAUUUGCAAACAUGGCUACAUAAUAUAUAGGUGUUAACAAAGUUUACAGUUUUUUCAUCAAUUAUUUUAAGUACAUUAAUAAACAAUCGAACAGAAUCAUAAGACUAUGAUUCUGACUGCCAGACGGCAAUCCAGCGGUUUCCAUUGAUAAUGUGCAACGGAACACCUAACAUAGAUUGUAUAUGAUUUAGAGCGAACAAAAGUGACAGUUCGGUUC